GGGAAGGGCUUGGCGGGAAUAAUAAAAAGAAAAACAUCAAAGGCAACGGCGAGACCUACGAAAGAGCGAAAGUAACAAGUCUAAUGUUAUAUAUAGUUGUUCGAUUGCAGAAACCUAUUUCGAGGUCGAAGAUGUCACUUUCAAAUUCUGUGGACCUAUCGGUCAAACAAGCACACACCUCGGUAUAAAAUUAGCAAUUCACGAUGACAAAAAUGAAGAUGAUGAGCGAGCAAGGAUAAAGUAAAGUGAUGACGUUCUACACCAAGAAUGACAACACUAAAACACGAACCACGAACAUCAGGCCCCUGAUUAUCCUAGUGAUUAGCCUCACAAUAAUUACGUCUUGAGCUACCCUGAUAGGGUGAAUUUAUACACGACAGCACCGGCGUUCAGAGCACGGGACCAC